AAACUCUGAUGCAGUUGGUAUGUCAACACAUCAGUCAGCACUUCUGUGAAUCGCAUCACAAGAGACAUGCCAAAUGGGAGAUUUGCAAUUUCAAUGUUGUGUGAGUUGCUUUGUGUAUCACUGCAACCUUCACAUAGGCGUUUCAUAGAGCUGCCAGUAAAGCUAGUUUUCUUAUAUUUUUAGCAUUUCUAUCCCCCCACAAUAUUAUUAGGUGAUAUUUCAGUCACAAACGUCUAUUUUACAUGGGAAUCAGAAUGACUGAUCAGGUCCUUUAAACUCCUCCUAGUUGUUUCUUUUUUUUACGGAAACGGGCGGGGUGGUGCACAGGUACGGUGAAACCUCGAAGCUAGCUCUCGUCUGGCGGAGUUAUUACUUUUUCAGUAAACAAUUAUGGCGGCCGCGGAUCCCUGGUCCUCGAGUGACAGCGGGCCCGCAAGCAGAGGAGGGUUCCCGGAUGGUGAGAACAGCAACGAGCGCGAUGGACCGGGAGGAAGCCGCGGAGAGGCAGAACGCAAGCCAGAUCGGGCCACAUUCGAAUGCAACAUUUGUUUGGACACAGCAAGGGACGCUGUCAUCAGUUUGUGCGGGCACUUGUUCUGCUGGCCCUGCCUUCAUCAAUGGUUGGAGACACGGCCCAGCCAACAGCAGUGUCCUGUGUGUAAAGCGGGCAUCAGCAGAGAGAAAGUCAUCCCCCUCUACGGCAGAGGGAGCUCCAGCCAAGAGGACCCCAGGUUGAAAACCCCGCCUCGUCCUCCGGGACAGAGAACAGAGCCAGAGAGCAGAGGGCCCUUCCAGGGGUUUGGGGACAAUGGCUUCCACAUGUCCUUUGGGAUCGGUGCUUUCCCUUUCGGCUUCUUCACCACAGUCUUCAACACCAAUGACCCCUACCACAGAGCAGACGCAUAUGCAGCCGAUCACCAAGGCAACGGCAACAAUUGGCAGGACUCUCUCUUCCUGUUCGUGGCCAUCUUCUUCUUCUUCUGGCUGCUGAGCGUGUAAGGGAGAGGGAGUGGCUGAGUGUGGGUUUUUGCUCUUCCUUUGUACUUGAUUGACGGAUUAAGGUCACUAAUUAGGAAAUAACUCCUCACCUGCUGUCUAGGUCUUUAUUUAAAGGAAAAAACUAAAACCCGAAGACACCAGGCCCUCCAUGGAAUAUUUGACACCUCUGCUUUAGACUAUAGAUGGGUGGUGGUGGGAUGACUGGCAUUUCACUCUUAGCAAGAGAUAUCUUGUGCAGGAAACACAAACCAGUCAAAAGAUUUGUGUAUCCCCCAAAUGAUUUACGAGACUCACUUGGAUAGGGAGAGUACACUGAGACACCACUCUGGUGGUGGAUGAUACCCAAGCGUGAGGGUGAGUAAAGCGAAGACACUAUCGCCCUCUUUCUGCGUACUUGUACAUAAAUGCGCGCGCACACACACAGGGGUGGGUUGGCUGACUUUUAGGGAUGGGACUGGUGGAGUCAAUAUUAAAUGAUUGGAAUGAUUUAAUAGUAAAUUAGGGGAUGAUCUAAGUAAUUGUACUGUACCACAAAACAUAUGUAAUAUGUGGUUAACGUAGGAAUAUUUAGACAAAAUAGAAUUACUUGUUUUUGCCCCUUGAAUGAAUUUCAGCUUUAAUUCCCCAAAUAUUAGAGCUUGUUUGAGUUUUAAGGGAGGGUGAGAAGUGGAUUUACCUGAUAACAUAAUGUUUUUUUUAAAUCACUAUAGCCACUUUUUUUUCCAGGCCAAAGAGUAACGUAUCGCCGUCAAGUACAAUUUGGGGAAAAUGUAUUUGGAUAUUACUGUUUACAAUUUAACUGAUGAAAUAAUUUGUCCGUAGAUUUACGAACCCAAUUUCUGAAUAUUCUUUAGACUAGUGUACAGAUGGGUACACUAACAACUUUAUAUAUAAUCUUACAAACUGCCAUUACACUGUGAAGUCAUAUAG